AUGAUCCAACAAAGUUCAAAGAGAAAACUCCCACUGAUCAUUCUCUUAACCUUCCUGAAUGCUUUCCUAUUGUUCUUAGCUCCCAAAGCCCAAGCCAAGUGCAAAACUGGCUGCCACCUUGCGUUAGCCUCAUACUAUGUUUCGCAAGGUUCAAACCUCACCUAUAUUAGCGACCUCUUCCACCAAAAGAUACCCGAGAUCCUGAUAUACAAUCCCAACAUCACAAACGAGAAUAUCAUCAAUACUGGUAGCAGAGUUAACGUGCCCUUUUCAUGUGACUGCUUGAACGGUGACUUCCUGGGCCACACCUUUACUUACAUUUUCCAGCCUGAUGAUACCUAUGAUAAGAUUGCUCGGUUUGCUUUUGCCAACCUCACCACCGUCGACUGGGUGCAGAGAGUGAACAAUUACAUACCAACUAGGGUUCCGGACAAUGUUAUAAUUAAUGUCACGGUCAAUUGCUCGUGUGGCGAUCGACGCGUUUCGAAGAAGUACGGGUUGUUCACCACGUACCCGCUCCGUCCCGAUGAGAAUUUUUCCCAUGUGGCUGCCGAGUCCGGUGUGCCGGCCGAGUUGCUGCAGAUGUACAACCCGGGCUCCAAUUUUAGUGCUGGCACUGGCCUGGUCUUUGUGCCGGCUAGAGGUAUUUCAGGAGGAGUCAUUGCUGGGAUAUCCGUUGCAGGAGUUGCAGGGGCUUCAAUUCUAGCUUUUUGUUUAUAUGCCGGGGUUUAUAGAAGGAAGAAGGUCGUGGAGGCUUCAUUUCUUCCUGCACCAACCCAAGUUCAACACAUACAUGGUUCUGGAAGUAGCUCGGACAAAAAUUUAGAAACAGUAGCUCUUGUUGUUGGUGCUUCUGCUUCACCGGGACUUACAGGUAUAACUGUGGACAAAUCGGUGGAGUUCUCAUAUGAAGAGCUUGCAAAGUCUACAAAUGACUUCAGCCUGGAUAAUAAGAUUGGGCAAGGUGGUUUUGGAUCGGUUUUCUAUGCAGAACUAAGAGGAGAGAAAGCUGCAAUUAAGAAGAUGGAUAUGCAAGCAUCAAACGAGUUUCUUGCUGAACUCCAGGUUUUAACACAUGUUCAUCACUUGAACCUGGUUCGAUUGAUAGGAUAUUGUGUUGAAGGCUCCUUAUUUCUAGUUUAUGAGUACAUUGAGAAUGGCAACUUAAGUCAACAUCUGCGUGGCUCAGGGAGGGAACCAUUGCCAUGGUCAACUAGAGUUCAAAUUGCAUUGGAUUCAGCCAGAGGACUUGAAUAUAUACAUGAGCAUACUGUUCCAGUUUACAUCCACCGUGAUAUUAAAUCAGCAAAUAUAUUAAUAGACAAGAACUUCCGUGCAAAGGUUGCAGAUUUUGGGCUAACAAAACUCACUGAAUAUGGGAGUUCUUCUUUGCACACACAUCGUGGUACAUUUGGGUACAUGCCUCCAGAAUAUGCUCAAUAUGGUGAUGUUUCUCCCAAGAUAGACGUAUAUGCUUUUGGAGUUGUGCUCUAUGAACUAAUAUCUGCCAAACAAGCUAUUGUCAGGACGAACGAAUAUGUUCCUGAAGUAACAGGACUUGUUGCCUUGUUUGAAGAUGUUCUUAGCCGGCCAGAUCCAAAAGAAGAUCUUCAUAAACUUGUGGAUCCUAGGCUUGGUGAUAAUUAUCCACUAGACUCUGUCAGUAAGAUGGCACAGCUUGCCAAAGCUUGCACACAAGAAAAUCCACAACUAAGACCAAGCAUGAGAUCUACUGUAGUUGCACUAAUGACACUUUCAUCUUCCACUGAGGACUGGGAUAUUGGUUCUUUCUAUGAAAAUCAAGCUCUGGUCCAUCUAAUGUCAGGAAGGUAG